GCCCAUGGUGAGUUGGUUGUGCCGUGAGUUGGCUGUGGCAACUUGUCCCAUUCCCUCAUCUUCUGUAACUCUCCGGAAAGCUCUGGAGAGCCCCUGGGAAAGGAGAGCAAACCUAUUAUGCCCCUUUACCUCCCUAAAGGCUCCAUGGCUCCGUCCUGGGAGCAGACACCAUUUUGGCAGCAGGUUGAGGGGUCUGCUCUCCUUCCCCAACCCAGAAUUUUGAGGACUUCUCCUUACCACAUAACUAAUUGCAGAAUUCUGUGGACUCUUUUGUAGUCGAUGUAACUAAAUUGUUAUAGGUUGAAAUGGUUGAUUUUGUUGAAUAUUUCAGCAAAUAUUUUUGAUUCAAAAUUGUGUACAUCAGUACACAAACAUAAGGGUGCCUGAGAAUUGAGAGGUAUCAUUUGAUGCACUCUGAUAAGAUGUGUGGAUUCUUUUCACAGCUUUCUCUGGUGGGUGAAUUGAAAGCUUGGUGCCUGCUAAAAAUUCAGAAUCUAGAAAUGAAGCUCUCUGGAGAUUCUAGAUCUUCGAGGCCAAAAUCCACUCUGUCCACAUCUGUGUCUCUCUCUGAGACUUUGGAUACAGAAAACCUUCACACUACAAAUGAGUGUAAAACCAGCCAAUCGCCACCACAAUCAAAUGGGUCCCAUCAUCAUUCUGGCAUUGUGAGCAUCUCAGAAGGAACAGAACGGAGUAGAAUGCCAGUCACAGAGCAGAGCUUUGGAAAACAGUAUUUUGUGAUUCAGCAAGACAGCACAUCAGGAACAGAGCAACAGUUAGUGGGUGGCGCUGUCCUUCCUCCUCCUGCCGCAUCUCCCCAAGUGGUUAGGCCAAAGGAUAAAGCAAGUUUCAACAGAUUGCAGCAAGAACUGCCAGCUGUGGAACACUCAGUUUCCAGACUGAGGCAUGCGAAAGUACAAACUGUUUUGCAGGCCUCCCCUGAAUGUACCAAGGCAGAAUCACAGAGCGGCUGCUUGAUCGACAAAGGGACUCAAACCAAGAAACCAAGUAAAAGCGGUCAGCUGAAGCACAGGACCCACCAACCCGGGGAAGCUCCAUCUGGGCAGCCCCCACCUUCUGCCUCUGAAGGAAAAGAGGGCAGUCCUCCGCUGGCAGGUACAUCUCAAGCUUUGGAAAUUACCCAGUACUUCUUUGAGGCUGUGUCAAGUCAGAUGGAGAAGUGGUACGAGAGAAAGAUAGAAGAAGCUCGAAGCCAAGCUGAUCAGAAAGCUCAGGAAGAUAAAACGGCCCUUAAAGAACACAUUAAAAGUUUAGAAGAGGAACUGCAGAAGCUAAGGACUAAAGCGCAGAAGGAAAACUAGCCCUUGCAUAGCUCAAAAAAAGGACGCAAACUCAACUGAAAAAAAAAUUAGGGCAGGAGACACUUAAGAACUAUUUCACUCAUAUUGAACUUACGCCUUUAAAGAUGAGGAAGUAUCCAUGAAAUUAUUCAAGGAAACCAGUUUUCCUAAGCCAACACUUUGUUGAGGGACAAAAUGUUGUUUUAGCUCUAAAUAGUGCUAGUUGUGAUACUAAUUCUGGGUAGAAUGUCUUUGUUACCUACCAGUGCCCCUCAGAUGCACUGCUGGGAAGGAGUGAUUGAAUGUCUAUUCUUGUUUUUCAGUCCCUUUGCCAUUUGUGAAUUCUUUAAAGUUUUAUUAUUUUAUAAUAAACUGUUUUAUUACAUAUUAAACAUUUUUUUAAGUU